ACAAAAUGCCUCUUCAAGUUUUAAUUACUUCUCAAGCUCAAAGCCCAAAUGCUGUUUCUGAUGUUAAGCGACGUUCAGCUAAUUAUACUCCAAGCAUUUGGGGUGACCAUUUUCUCUCAUAUGCAGGUUCUAUGAAAGUUGACACUAAACUUGAGCAACAUAUCCAAGAACUUACAGAAGAAGUCAAAAGGAUGCUAAUGGCUCCAGUUAACAAGACUUCAGAAAGUUUGGAGAUGAUUGAAAACAUUCAGCGUCUAGGCAUGUCUUACCUUUUUGAUCAUGAGAUCAGUGAAAUAUUGAGACAGAUUUACAAUGGUUACUACGGUAGUGAAGUUCUGAAAAAUGAUGCUGAUCUAUACACUGCCGCUCUCUGUUUUCGAUUGCUCCGACAGCAGGGCUACAACGUUUCCUGUGACAUGUUUAACAAGUUCAAGGAAAGUAAUGGGACUUUUAAGGAAUCUCUGAAGAGUGAUGUAGUAGGACUGUUAAGUUUGUACGAAGCCACUCAUCUUAGGGUUCAUGGAGAGGACAUUCUUGAUGAGGCACUAAGCUUCACCGGGUCUCUUCUCGAGUCUGCAGUGCACCGACUGAGCUCCCCGUUAUUGAAACAAGUAACUAAUGCCUUAUAUCAGCCACUUUGGAAGGGCUUUCAAAAGAUAGAAGCAAGGCAUUUUUUGUCCAUCUAUGAGGAAGAUGAUUCACAUAAUGAAACUCUGCUCACUCUUGCAAAGUUGGAUUUUAACCGUCUGCAGAAAGUGCACCAGAAAGAACUGAGUGAAAUUACAAGGUGGUGGAAGGACUUGGACUUUGUAAACAAGCUACCUUUCGUAAGAGACAGGGUAGUUGAGGCCUACUUUUGGGCUUUAAUAGUCUAUUUUGAACCUGAAUAUGCCUUUGCUAGGAUGAUAUUAUGCAAAUACGUUUGCCUGGCAACAACUGUUGAUGACAUUUAUGAUAUCUACGGAACAUAUGACGAACUGGAGCUCUUUACUGAAGCUAUUGCGAGAUGGGACAUUGCUGCUAUCGAUCCUCUGCAAGAUUAUAUGAAAGUGUGCUAUGAGGCGCUGCUGAAUGUGUACGGUGACUUUGAAGAAAAGCAUGCAGAAAAGGGAGACUCAUAUCAUGAUUGCAUCCAUUAUGCGAGAGAAGCAUUCAAAUAUCAAACUAGAGCUUACUUCCAGGAAGCCAAAUGGUUAAAGGCGAAAUACACUCCAACAAUGGAAGAAUAUAUUUCAGUAGAAGGCAAUGCAUCCUUCUUUACGAUGGCAACCACAUCCUUUCUUGGAAUGGGAGCUCUCGUUACAAAAGACUCCAUGGAUUGGGUGUUUAAUGACCCCAAGAUCUUGAAUGCCGCUUCUGUAAUUGCCAGACUCCAGAAUGACAUGGUUGGCCAUAAGUUUGAGCAAAAGAGAGAACACCAUGCCUCAUCUGUGGAAUGCUACAUGAACCAAUAUGGUGUCACAGAAGAAGAAGCGAAAAUCGAGCUAACGAAGAAAGUCUCUGAUUCAUGGAAAGACUUGAAUCAAGAAUGGCUCGAUCUCCACUCCAAUGCUACUAUCCCCAGGCCUCUACUGCUGAUAAUUCUGAAUCUUGCACGUUCUAGUGAACUUCUAUACAAGCAUGAAGAUGUGUUCACACAUCCUAAAUCAUUGCUCAAGGGUUUUGUAGAUUCUCUCUUCAUCGAACCCGUGCCUGUAUAAGUGAGCCUAAAACAUCAGACUAGCUAACUAGCUAGCUAGCUAGCUAGCUUGUUGAAUUUGUCAUUCUCUGUACGUGUAAUAAUAUGUACGUCCUCUAAUGAAGUUAGUUUAAGAGGCUGGCUGUGUUUGCAGUUAGCGAAGCGUUUG